UCUGUAAUAUUUGUCUCAGCUAUCAACUAAGAACAAAACUCAGAGAAGAGAUUAUUUUCCAGCAUCUUUAAUUCUGCAGCUCCUAAGUUACAAAGUUUGAAGCAUGGGUAGAGCCUUACUCUCUGCUUUCCUUCAUGAUUUGUUGGACAACCUUCUUCUCUACCUCACUUCUCAAACCAAACCACACAGAUAUCUGCGCAAGAUCAAGGAUAAGUUGUUGACACUUGAUGCUCUCGUCGAUGAUGCAGAACAGAUGCAGUUUUCUCAAGGAGACAAAGCUCAACAAGUGAAGGUGUGGCUGAUUGAACUGCACCAUGUUGUUUACCAUUUGGAGGAGCUUCUACGCCAAUGGCAGCAAGUCAACACCACCACUACCAAGUCUUUGCUUCUGCAACUAAAAGUCUUCUCAACAGCAAAGAGACCAGACAUGGAUAUCAAGGUUCAAACCCGCGAUGCGAUCGAGAGCUUGGAAGCUCUUGUGAGAAAGAAGGACGUUCUUGGUCUAACUGGGAGUGCUACAACUUUGAAGGAGUCUCUACAGGGAUUGGCUUCAUCUUCUGAUGUGGUGCAUUCUUAUUUUUAUGGAAAAUAUCCCAAAGAUUGUUUCUAUGAAAGAUAUGAAGAAGUGAUGUCUAUAUUGAAAAUCAUGUUAUCAACCAGUGAAAGUGAAAAUGAAGAAUAUGUCAAGGUGAUUAACAUAGUGGGAAAACCCGGGGCAGGCAAAACUACUUUGACUGAUGUUAUCUACUUCAACCAUGAUGUGAGGGAGUCUUUUGAGCCCAGAGCUCGGGUCUCUAUGCACUCAGAAGCCAACUUCAAAUUCAUGGCAAAGAAGAUUCUAGAGGCAGUCACUGAGCAGUUUGUUUCUGAAAAUGAUUUCAGUGUCUUGAGGAAGAGAUUGAAGAGAACCUUUGCUGGGAAGAAAUUUCUGCUAGUGUUGGAUGACAUCAAGAUUGAAGAUAUCUCAUAUGACUGGAACAUGUUGCUUGAUUCCCUUGAAUCUGCAGCAAGAGGAAGUGUCAUAAUCCUAAUAUCCACUCCAUGUGAUGAUGAGCCAAACCUGUUUGGGCCACCUGCUAGUCAUACCGUGCAUCUCGAUUCGCUGUCAAUGGAGAGUGCCUGGGGAAUCUUUUUGGGGCAUGCUUCUUCUGGGCAGAUGGACCUUACUGAACAUGAGGAACUUGCAGCUGCUGGCAAAGAAAUCGUUAACAGAUUGGGAAACCUUCCUUUGGCUGCAAAAAUGAUAGGGAGCCUCUUCCAAGAUAAGCUUCAUCUUGAUCAAUGGGUUGAGAUACUGAUGAGCAAAUUUCUGCAUGCAGGUGAUGUGAAUAUUUCUAUUCCUUCAUUCCUAGUACUCUGCUACCUUGAUCUCCCUGCACAGAUUAAACGGUGCUUUGCUUAUUUGUCAUUGUUUCCAAAGGGCUACCAAUUCAACAAGAAUAAGGUGGUCCUGUUAUGGAUGGCUGAAGGCUUUCUAAAGGAAACCAAUGGAAAAAGCAUGGAAGACAUUGGUGAUGAGUACUUUGGUUAUCUAAUCAUGAGGUCUUUCUUGGAGCCUUAUGGUUCUGGUGGUAGUUUUACAAUGCAUAAUUUGGUUCAUGACUUGGCCACCUAUGUGUUUGGAGAAUCAUACAAGCACCAUUUGUCCUACUCUGGAAACCCUCGGGAUUUCGGAUUGUCAUUUCUUCUCAAACAUGGAAAAUCUUUGAGAACAAUAUUGCCUAUACCAUUGCAAUUUGAACGCGCACCUAGGCGCGUUGAUCUUAUGCUUAAAGUUAUGAUGUUGAAUCCAGAUGUUCUCCGGGUGUUCUCUUUAUCUCACUAUGAUAUCACUAGCUUGCCUACUACAAUUGGAAAACUUAUUCAUCUGUGUUUUCUUGACCUUUCUAACACUCCAUUGCAGACACUACCAGAUUCCAUUUGUGAUCUGCAUAAUUUGCAGAUACUAUUGUUGACAAACUGCACUAAACUCACAAGUUUACCUAAAAGAAUAUGUGAUUUGAUAAGCUUGCGUUACCUUGAUAUCAGAGGUAGCAGUGUGCAAGAGAUGCCUUGGGAAAUGCAUAAACUGACAAGUCUCCGAACGCUUAGAGACUUCAUUGUUUCCAAUACCGGUCCAGGAUUAAGAGACUUGGCAGGGCUCUCCAAUCUCAAAACAUUGUCUAUUUCAAAGCUGCAAAAUGUGGCAAGUGCUAAGGAUGCUUCAGAUUGCAAACUCAUAGAGAAGAGGAGCCUUGAUAACCUUAUGCUUCAAUGGAACUCUGGCAUUCCCGGCUAUGAGGAGGAUGAAACAGAAGUGCUUCAGGAUCUAAAACCUCACAAACACUUGAAAAAACUAAGUAUCGAAUACUACAGUGGUGCACGAUUCCCAAAUUGGUUGGGGGAUCCUUCUUACCAGGCUUUACAAUCAGUAGCUCUCCGCCAUUGUCAAAAUUGCACUUCUUUGCCAACACUAGGCCUGCUGCCAUUGCUUAAAGACCUCUACAUUGAAGGGUUCAGCAAAGUAAGUUCCAUAGGCCUUGAGUUUUAUGGAGAGAUGACUGCUUCCCAGGUGCCAUUUCAAUCUUUAGAGAGUUUACAAUUUUGUGAUAUGUUGGAAUGGAAAAAAUGGAACAUACCAGAAGGUAUUGAGUUUCCAUGUCUCAUUAAGCUUUGUAUAAUUCGGUGUCCCAAGCUAGUGAAAGGUUUGCCAAAGCAACUUGAUUCUUUAAAGAAGUUGGAGAUCUUCAGAUGCUAUGACCUUGUGGCUUCACUUCCAAAAGUUUCCAGCACAUGUGAAUUGUUGGUACAAGAAUGCAAUGAAACUCUGAUGAGAAAUGUUGCUAAAAGCCCCUCACAAGCAUCUUCACGCCGGGUUUCGUUCUCAGAAGAACUUGACAUCACCCGAAAAUCCUAUUCCAGUUUUCUAGACAGUCACUUGGUGAGCGAGAUUGAAGAAAAUUCUCAUGAGGCAAGGAUGGAAAUUGAUUCCACAGGAAGCAGAUCACCACUUGGUUCUUCAUCUUCAGAUACAACAUGGACCCCAAAACUAGAGGAAACUUCUUCUAGCAUGCUCAGCCAUCAAGUUGAAGCUGAUAUUCCCAAAAUUACACAAGCAUCUACCCUUCCUCUUACUGAUACCCCCACUACUGUCAAGGAAGAAACUUUUCAAAAAGAAGAUUUAGAUGAUGGAAGAUCAUCCUUUGAGAUAUUCAAGGUUUCAUCCGUGUCCCAAUUGAAGUCAUUGCCACUCAAAUUGCACACCCUAAAAAUUGAAGGGUGUGAAUCCUUAGAGGCCCUGCCUGAUGAUCUACUAGGGGGAAUAACUACUCUUAGGGAGUUGUAUCUGAUAAGUUGUUCUUCUCUUAGAUCCCUACCUUCCCUUGGUUUCGUGGCAACACUUUACAUACGAAACUGCAGGAGAUUGGAAGAUCUAUCAUCUUUAGAAUCAAGAAAGCAGCUUGACUUUCUCCAACACUUGUUCAUCGGGAGCAGCUGCAAUUCUCUCACUACUUUGACCUUAGAUUUGCUCCUUGAACUCAAAAUUCUGUGUGUAUGGGAUUGUCCCAAUCUUCAAUCAGUUAAUGUUACCAGAGACUUUAAGGGUGAUCUUGCAUCACUUGAGUCUCUAGAGAUUAGAGAUUGCCCAAGAUUGAGAUCUUUCCCAGAUGGAGGACUACAUGCUCCAAAUCUAGGGUCCAUAUUCAUUUCUAAUUGCAAGAAUCUUAACAAAUUGCCUGAUGCUAUGAACUCUCUCAGAUCACUUAAGACAUUGUUUUUACACAGAUGUCCAGAGAUUGAAUCUCUCCCACGUGGGGGUCUGUCUCCAAGUUUGAUUGUACUCUCCAUAGCUUACUGUGACAAACUCAUACCUCAAAAGGAUUGGAGGUUGGAUAGUCUUGAGUCUCUUAACCGUUUUGAACUUGAGGGUGGAUGCAUGGGCAUGGAUUCAUUCCCAGAGGACAACUUGCUUCCUUGCAAUAUCAACUCUUUGCGCAUAAGCACAAUGCAAAGUCUCAAGAAGCUGAAUCACAAGGGGUUUCAACAUCUGAAUGCUCUUCAAACACUUGAAAUUCAUGGUUGCGACGUACUUCAAUCCUUGCCGGAUGAAGGGCUUCCUUCCUCCUUAAGUAAUCUUUGUGUCCAAGAAUGCCCAUUGUUGACUCCAAGGCUUAAACCAAAGAGAGGGAAGGAAUGGCACAAAGUGGCUCAUAUCCCACACAUCCAAAUUGAUUACCAGCUACUCUCUGCACACUAGAUCAGCAGAUCACAGACAUUCAUAGGAAAUGUCAUCUAAGACUAGUUAUUUCAUUGCAUCUCCCAAUUACAUUCAUGUAUAUCAGAGCAAAAAUACUAUCUGCACACUACAAAUU